AAGAGUGAGUUAUCUGUCCCCGCCCCGGCAACUCAGUCAGUCCAAGCUGAAGAGAAGGCGAGUCCACGGCUAAAAAUAUAAUAGCUAACACAAGAUGGCCGGUUUGCCUCGUAGGAUUAUAAAGGAGACACAGCGGUUGAUGGCAGAGCCUGUUCCAGGGAUCACGGCUACGCCUGAUGAAGGGAAUGCACGUUACUUCCACGUGUUCAUUGCGGGGCCUCAAGACUCUCCUUUUGAAGGAGGCACAUUUAAACUUGAACUAUUUCUUCCAGAAGAGUAUCCCAUGGCAGCUCCCAAAGUGCGAUUCAUGACCAAAAUCUACCACCCCAAUGUUGACAAACUGGGAAGAAUAUGUUUAGACAUUUUGAAAGAUAAGUGGUCUCCAGCCCUGCAGAUCCGUACAGUGUUGCUAUCUAUCCAGGCGUUAUUAAGUGCUCCCAAUCCAGAUGAUCCCCUGGCAAACGACGUCGCAGAGCAGUGGAAGAAAAACGAAAGCCAUGCCAUUGAGACAGCCCGAACAUGGACCAGGCUCUACGCGGGCAACACUGAAGUAUAGAAGAAGAGAGACGAGGCGUCUGAAUGUGAUCCACAAAAUGUACUCCUAUUCUGUCAACAUUUGAAUUUAACGGACACAAAAAAAGAGAAAAAAAUAAGAUUAUAAGUCCAAAUCUAUUUGAAAGAAAUGACAAGAUUUACUGCUGCAGACCUCUGGGUGACUUAUUUCCCUCUCUAAGACGCGUUAAAUGUUUGUUAGUCUGUUUUCUUUCUUUCUUUA